CCCUUUAGUCCCUUUAGUCCCUUAGUCCCUUUAGUCCCUUAGUCCCUCUGUCUUGGUAAAAAUGAAGUGUUAUUUUUUUUUUCAAAAUUCAAAUUUAAAUAAAAAAACCCAUAGACUCGAAAACCUAUGAUUGGUCCAAAUGCUGGCACUCGAAAUCUGAUUGGUGCAUAG